UUACAAAGUAUUAUUCGUAUUCCACUUCGUCCUCAUCAUAAGCACAUCGCGAGUAUCCCAACCGAGUCUCGCGCCUGGGAGAUAUAUCGUUAUGCUCCGACUCUAAGAUGUGUCCUAGAUAAAGAGCUUCAUCUCACAAGAACUCGCCGUACACCACCAAUAAGCAAUCCCAAUGAUCUUCUAAUCCAUCCACAAACAGUUUCACUUAAUCCAAUAGAUGGUCUAAUGCUCACUGGUUAUGGAGCUACAGUGUUUCGAAAUUACCGACGUUUUUGUUCCUCAAACCAUCCCACUGAUGAAUUCCCAUUCACACCAGGUCACGAUUUUGCUGGAAUAGUUGCAGAUUCGGGGCCAAAUGUGUCGUCAAAAUUUUCAUUUCCUCCUGGAACUCCAGUUAUGGGUGCUACAAUGCCGCAUACUAGUGCUCUUGGUGGUGGUUGUCUAUCCGAUUAUUUUAUAUGUCCAGCAACGGCUGUUGCUAAGCGGCCUGAGAAGUUGGAUCCGGUUUUAGCGGCCGCUGUAAGUUAUUCCGGUUUGACUGCUUGGGGAGCUCUAUACCAAGCCGGUGUGAAUCCUAUUGGCCGUGUUGAAGAUGCUCCUAAACGAGUAUUAGUUACUGGAGUGACUGGUGCAGUUGGAGCCGUAGCUGCUCAGUUAUCAAGAAUUGCAGGAGCUUCUCAUAUUACUGUUACAGCUCCUCCCCGAGUAAUAAUUGCUCCAGAAAUGCCUAACCCAAAUGUCAAAUAUGAUGUGAUUAUUGAUUGUGUUCGGCCGGAGAUACUUAAAGAUUCUUCCAAAGUUCCGGAAUGGAAACAUAUCGAGUUCCAGGAAUAUUUUCCCUUGUUAAGAAAUCUUGAAUCCUCUAAUUGUUCCUCUCGUUAUGUCAUUGUUAACCCUCCUCUUCUCAAAUUUAUUGAUCAAUGGGGUCUUUGGUGCGGUACCGCAACGUCUAUUGCCUCCCUAAUCUACUCCAAUUUCCAAGCUCUGAUUUCUGAGCAUGGAAGUACGCCUCUUAGGUGGACAUUUUUUCAACCGAGUGGCGAAAGGCUCGAGAGGCUUGCUGAUUGGUUGGUUAAAGGCCUACUGCAUGUACCAGUUGAAAAGGUUUACGAUUUUGAAGAUGUUCUCGCGGCUUUUGAGAAAAUGGCAGCAGGUGGAAAUAAUGGCAAAAUUGUAGUUAGACUUGAAUAA